AUGUCUCCAGUUUUUGGUGGAGUCAGUUCUUUCGCUUUUCUUCGAACAGCGACAUUCAUAACACGUCAAAGCUGUCGCAGGCUAUCGUCAUCUCAAAUCGGUGAAGCUAUGAAGCUCUAUAGCGACCGAGGGAAUCCAUCCUUGCUUCGUAUUUUAGCAGCAAAAAAUCUAGCGGAUGUUUCAAUGACGAUACAGUACAUCACGAAUGAAGGUAUCAGCUAUUUUCUAACACUGCUAGUCCAGAAGUGAAACCAGAAUUUUAGUUAAUGCUUCGUGUACAAAUAGUAACAAUGAUUUGACGAUUCUGGUCUACUGGAGUCCAGGAUAAAAGCCACUUAGAAUUUACAUUUUCUGUAGCAAAUUUCUAGAGGUAAUUCUAUUAUUUGUUCAGGUCUAAAUUUCUUCCUCAACUUAAUCUUGGCUUUUCAAAUUACAACGCCUCCCCCACCCCAUCCCCAGGGAAGGGAUGAUGCAAGAGUCUGACGCAUCAUAGUACAGAUGUUCAAGACUUCCAAGAAACCUUGUGAUUAGUCUAUUUAAUAUUUUAUGUGGAUUUGGUCAAACGUAGAUUAUGACUUAGCUUUCAAAUCCUCUUGUAACAUCGAUGUUUUUACUAUAAACCCUAAAUUCUUGGAAAUCCUGCGUUGCAUUUGUUUAAGCUGAAACCACAAAGUUACUUAAGUGCACCGCAUAAUGCAGAGCUACCUGGAAGAAACAGUGAAACACUAAUUGACAAGGUGCUACAAAACAAAAAUGUGACAAGAAGACACGAAUCGAAUGUAAAGUAAUAUUAGUAAUUUUGAAGAACUACAGUUUAUAUUUAAUUUAGUAUAAAACUCUCUUCUACUGCCCGUACCAGACUAAGUGAGAUUUUAAGAUACUCCGUACACCUGAAACCAAAAUGAAAAUGCUUAGAGCUUUCUGAAAAAAGUUUUUUCUACUCGAUCCUUUUCGACUCGAUCCUUUCAAGUUUAAACGUUCGAAGUUUACUCCGCAGAGUCCACAGUCAGCAUUACAGACGUUAAUUGCGAAAAUAGGUUAAUUGACGAUGGCGAAUGCGAGUCUUAAAGCUCCUAAAAUCAUAGUCGACGAGAGCUGUCGAUAAAAACUGACUUCAUAACUCAGUUCAGGAAAUUUCUCAUCACAGCAUUUUGUCUUUUAAGGUGGUCCUUUUUUCACUCGUAUAAUUUUCACAGCACGCGCUUUUAGUGAAAAAACUGUCCUUUAUUUUCUUUCUGUCGCUGAGUUCCAGGAAAAACUGGAACUUAGAACAAAAAUGUAUUUAUAGUAGAUAAGCUGUCACGGAAUUAUCCUUGACAGCUUCUUAGAAAUACACCUGACCUUUCUUUUGAAAAGCGAUGAGUACGUGCGCACGUAAAAAAGUAUAAAACUAGGGAAUUUUGUCAAGGUAAAGCCAGCAAUCAAUGGCUUUCGUUUUAUUCGAGGUACUUUGAACAUAUCGACAAACACUUAUGUGUACAUAUUUUUCUGAGAUUACAAUCAGAACUGUAUUUCCGCUGAAAAGGUAUAGACAUGUUGAGAUUACAGUAUAUUGGCGGUGAUGUGAUUUACCAUCAAGAUGGAACAUAACCUCUUUGUAACACAGUUAUGGAGCGCCACUGUGCCCAUAGAUGCUUCUUGUCUCAUAAGUCUAAGACAGAGACCUCGAAAAAUUUCUCAGUUCUUCGAAAUGCAACGUGGAAAUAAGCGAAUGACCAAUAACGCGAUGGAGUUCCUAAUGAUGUCGGAAGUUUCUAAAAGGUAACUGCGUAGUGAAUUAUUUGCAAAUUUGGUUAAUUUCACUUAGGGUGAAAAUACGAUUCCACGUAAUCUUGAAGAAACAAUUUAAAUACACAGAAACCACGAUUCGAGCGUAACGUCUGCACUGGUUUUAUGACUGGAGUCGUCGUUGGAGCUUUUCAAGUGAGGAAACACUCAUUAAUUUUCAACGAGAGCCACAACUUCAAAGACGAAAAUUAACGCCAAUUUAAAGCAGAGCAACUUUGUUUUAAAAAAUAUCGAACGUAGACAGCUGUAAAUGAAAAAUUGUGCGGUUCAAAUCGGCACAUUGUAGAAGAGGUACUCAGCAUUUAGAUCCCAAUUUGUUGAAACUAUUUUUCAGAAUGCCUUAAGGUAUUAAAGCGAAACAGUAAUUCGUUCCGCACCUGUGUCGAAAUUGAGGUGCUUCUUUUGGGAAAUAGAAUCUUAUUCAAUUACGAUUACUUACGAGUUAUACAUUGAUCUCGGUGACUUCCCAUGUACCAAUCAAUAUUGCUUGUACGCAAAAAUUGCAUUUUAAGCCUCUUCCUUCAAAGGCAUUUUGCUUACUCAAGGGAUAAUCAGAGAUUGAUUUUCGUGAACAGCUCGAGCAUACUGUUACGUGGACUUUCAUUGACAUGUGAGACAGUGUAACGCUAGACGUAACAUGCGUAUGCUAUCGUCAACAAGCUAACUGCGCAUGCUUCCGACGUGUCAUAUUUUCAACCUUGACAUCAGAAAAUGGUCUUUAGAUGGAUGGCGGAUUUCAUUACUUUAACUUGCGCAGUGUAAUGCAGGCUUUUUAACAUUUCUCAUAUGGAAAUACAGAACCUCUGUAGUCAGUAUAAACGUGAUUUUUCCAUAGUUCAGGCAAAGAUUAGAGGUUGAUUCAACUUAAGAAAAUGAAAUUGGCAGUGAGCCACUGAAAUAAAUAUCCGAAAUGAUUCGGCAAAAUUGGGGAGCGGUUAACACCUCCUUAUCAUGAAACUUGAGCCGAACACCGAAGAUAUCGGCAUGGUGUGUCAAAUAAAAGUGUAAAACAUAUUCGAUGAAAGUAGAUAUAAAUGAUUCGGCAGUAUCGAUUAUCAAAAUCAGUUUAAUUUGCAUAUUUCAGACACGUACGCCUGGCCAAUAUUCAGUUGACUGAUCAACGGCUCAAUAUUCAACGUAAACCUAACACAUAUUAAGCGACUUUGUUUUUAAGGCGAGAAAUUUUCUAAGUUUUCAGGCAGUUUCAGUGCAAUAUGAACGUCGCGUGACGGAAAUAAUCAGAUCUUGUAAUUUUAUAAUGGCCAGACAUGAUUGGCGUGAAAUAUGACUGAAAAUAUUAUUUGAACUUUACCCUUUUAACUCCUUUAGCUUACUAGCUUUUUUAAAUGACAUUUUCUUUGAACACUGGGUAUAGCUGUUGGGUGUAAGAUUACUGAUUCAAACAUUAUGUUUUUUUUUAAACCAGAUAGGGCGAAAUUCAAUCUUCAAGGAAGUAGCAAGGUUUGUAUUAUUACACUUUCUUUUAUAAAUAAGAGCUGCACUUCUCUCAAUAGAAUUUCCUUUCUUAAACGAUCUGAAAUGAUUGAUAUUUUAUCAUCCAAAAAUUUUGGUGAUUUUCAACAAUGACAUGCUUGAAUUGCAAUUAGAUGUCUGAUAUCAUAAACAACCGGACAGAACCAUCAGACUAAGGAAUUGUUUAGGCAAAAGCCAAACAUAUUUCGACUGUCUAAAUCAUGUGAACUAUUAGCCCAAACACAACAGAGUGCAUACUCCCUGCCCCUCUAGUAGAAAAACUUAAGCUGGUGUUUGAGUUCCCGACUCAGCCAAUGGUACAAAACACUAACGGGUAUCAGUGCGGAUGACAGUUAUUAUGCACAACCUAGGGACCAAAUAAGAGGGAUUUAACAGUGCUUUUGGCAUUCAUUUUUUUUUCAACUUUUUCUUCAUUAUGGCUUGUCUUAAAUAGCUUCCAGUGCUGGAGACUGACGAUGGAAAUUUUCUACACAGUCCAAACAGCAUUUGCAGGUAUUCAUGCCUCAUACGGUCUUCAUGUAUUGAACAAUUUAUCCUUUUUAUUAAAUGAACCGUCUUCCCUUGGUUAAAAUAUUCGAUUUUAGGAAGGGUAAGAAGAAAUGAUCAAAAACCGCUUAAGAUGAUUCACACGUUUUGGGUUCAUCAAGGAUGUUGAGCUCAUACAUUUCAAACUUAAGAACUAAAAGCUAAGACACUUUGAUUUUGUUUCGUGGUUGGUUUCCUCAAGGUAAUUUUCACUUAGAUUACCUAGCCCCAAAGAAGUUCAGUAUUCAACAUUGAAUUCCGUACAAGCACGACUGCAUGACAUAUCGGGUUGGCUGACAUUUACAAGUCGUGCAAGUUUUGUUGUUAACUCUCACACAUUUGAGUCAACCACCUCUAUUAACUGAGGGAACCCCAGGGCCAUUUCCAGUUAACGUAAUUUGUGCAGUAAACCAAAAAAAAUUCCGAACAUAGGAUUCUGGCGCUAUGCUUAAUCUGUGGGAGGCAGGUUACUUCAAGGUUAUAAUCUGAUCUAAUCUACGGACCAACCUAAAAAAGAUUAACCUGAGAUUUAUGACAUUGGUUAUAAAGUUGAUUUCACAGGUGGAUCCAGUUCAAUAAUAGCAAGUUAAGGGUAAGAGUAAUACCUAUUGUUAAUGUAAAUGAAUGUAAAUGAAUGUAAAUGAACAUCAUUGUUCGACUCCGAUACUGAUCACUUACCCUGUUUAUAUAGGUACCUCCUUGACCUCAACAGAAGCUCAGAUGUAGCUUCCGACCCUUAUAGGAAAGCAAUUGUUGAUCAGUGGGUGGAGUGGGAGAGCACGUCUUUGCAGGUAAGUUGUUGCAUAGAGUGAACAUAUAUGAAAGAAAAGGUGGUCAAGAGUAUUGUAUGCCGUUCUGUGAAUCCAGUGGCUAAGCUCUGGUCCCUGGGCAGGGUCAUAGUGCUCUGUUCCCGGGAAAAGAUUUAAGUUUUCCUACUCUUUAUGUUCGCCGAGGAACAUUAAAAGGUACCUUAAGUGAUGCGCCGGGAAAGAUACCCGUGAUGCGAGUCAGACCUCACCCUGAAAGAGUACCUAUGGUUAUAAUCAUCUAAACAUCUGUCAGAUUUUUGCUGAGUCAUUUACCAUUUUAUCUGGCAGCCUGUUAUCUUCAAUUAUCUUGUAAAGUCCAUUGGCCAGGGAAGGGAUUGCAGUGGCCAUGUCGACGAUCUGGUAAAUCUCCUAAGACAUGCAGAUGAAGCUCUUGCUUCCAAGAAGUACUUUUCUGGGGUAUGAAUUUCAUAAAACUUUUUUUUACACCUUUGGUUACUUCUUCCGUAACUCAUUGAUCACACCCCUUAGCACAGUUUCCUUCUUUUGGACUUUAACUUAAAAAUCACAACUAUGUGGAGUUAUACACUUUUAAUUGAAAUGAGUGCUCCUACUAAACAAAUCGCCAUUCCUUGACUUUCCAGAGUCACAUGGGGCUAGCUGAUGUCAUCCUUUGGGGUUCUCUGCACCCUCUCUUCAUGGAGGGCACAAAAUAUUCAGGUAUUGGUGAACAUCUGCUUUCUUUGUGUCUUCAGAGCUUGCUCCAGCCGUAUGGUCUGGAUUAGCUUAGCCAUGAAAUUGAUUUAGUUUUCUGAGACUCGUCACGAAGGGUUAAAAUAAAACAGAGUAUCUACUACGAAUGCAGAAUUCCCAGCUAUGUUUGCUCUGUGAUUUUGUGUGCCAGUAGAUUGGAAAAUCAUGAAAUUAUGGUUUGUAAAAAUUUUCUCUCUUGAUCAAACAGAUCCAGGCAUCUCAAACUUAAAAAGGUGGCACAACCUCCUCAUGUCUCAGGAGCUUUUCCUCAAAACUGAAUUUGAGGUUGCAGGAGGAAAAGAAGUUUCUUCCUUUAAGGUAUGCACACGAAUAAAUCUAGCUAUCCAUUUUUGAUACAUCUUAUAUAUUAUACAGAAAUGAGAUUUAUAUCUCUCUGCGGUUUUUGAGUAUACUCAUUUGAAACACUUAUAGAUGGCAUGUAUUCAGAUCACUUUUAUAUUACAACUUAUGGAUGGCGAUAUGCAGAAUACAAGUCCUAAUGAAAGAGUACUGUUCCUUAUAUACUUUCGCAACUACUUGAUACUGAUCGGGGUUCUUUUUUGUCGCAGGAUGCUUUGUUGGCAAUGCUUGACGCUCAAGAGCAGUUAGCAAAAAGUAAACAUAGAUGUGAAAUAUUUAUUGACUUAGAGAAAUUAGAAAUUAAUUGAAGCGAUAACAUCAAAAUAUGGUAGUAAAAUAUCAGAGGAUAUACUUUCAUAUUGCAUGGAAAGUUGUUUAUUCAAAUGGAUUUCAGCAAAUGUAAGUGGGAUCAUUCCUUGUCACUUCAAUUCGGGUCCAAAUUCACCACAUCGUAAACUGCAUGUGGUGAAUAUAUCAUCACAUUCGUCACGAGUUACAUAACCCUUUAGCCCCUAAGAGUGACUAGCAUCUAAUUUCUUCUUACCAUAUCACCCCUGAAUCAAACAAGGAAGUCAUAAGAAUAGAGGAGAUGAUCAUCAACUAAAGCAGCUCUUAAUUGUUAAACAAAUUCUCCUUGUCAGCCUCUUUGAAAAUGUACGGAGAACAGUAUGGAGAAUAUUCAUACUGAUGUUAGGGUGUGAAGGGGUUACAACAAUUCUACCGAUUAGUAAAAUCAAUUAUUUUUCAUGCUGAUAGUAUUUGCUUAAACUGUAAUACUGAACGUGAUAUGUAUGCAAAUUGUUGUAAAUAAUGAUAGAAGUAACAAUGAUGUAAUAGUCAAUAAUGAUUCUGAUGCUAAUAAUAAAAAGUAAAGAUAAUAGUGAAAUUUUCUGCUAAAAUAGGUUCCCCAUCAUCCCAACGAGAUCAAGAGGGUGAUUCUGCCACAGAGGAGGUGAGCUAGGGUACUAGAUCUUAAACAUAGAUUAAUCUAUCAUAUUCUCAUACUUUGCUAUAGUAAGUUCUGAAAUUUUAAUUUUAGGCAAAAAUCGCAGAGGCAUUUUUUUGCUUCUGAAACCAAAAGAAGUAUUCUUUAGUUAAAACAAACCAAGUUUUUUUUGUCUCUCCCUUGAAUUAACGAGCAGAUUUCCAUUUGAAUGGCAUCCAUUUAAGAAAUAGAUAAAUGAAUAGAGAGUAGAAUAUCAGCUUUUUUAAACUUUAUGGACCACAUGAAGUAAAAGCUGAACAUAUUCUUCUACCUAAAUUUGAUGAAUGUCUGUUUAAAAAAAGAGAACUUAUGUCAUUGGCGAGACUAUUUCUGAUUAAAUGAUUCUCGUUCAUUAGUUAGCAUCCAAUGAGUUCAUUUUGAGUUAAGCUGAUCUUAGUUAUAUCGGCCAAUCGCAAACUAUCUGGGCUGGGCUACUUAAAAGUGUGAUGGAGAGAUUAUAGGGGACUUACGAACAACUCAGCUGGUUUAUCGUACCUCUCAACGAAUGGAUUAUAGCAAAAAAAUAUAUUCGGAUACUUACACUUUAUUUUUUUUCAGGGAACUAUUGCCAAAGUUUUGUCGAGGGAAGAGAUUGCUGACGCUUUUGAGCAUUGGAACAAUGGAAGCAAAAACCUUCCGAAAACCCGCCGGCUUGUGGAUCCUAUGUAAGCACAUGUAGACUCUCUUUAAAGGAAAAUGCAUUCUUGAAGCUUGGAGAACGUUGUAAACUUGUCUUUAGUUAGUAGUACUUGAAACAUGAAUACAAGACUUACUAAAUAUUGUGUUGCCUCUGCCUCUCGCAGUCUUCCCAUCGAAGGAGAAAGAAACAUUCUGAUCACCAGUGCCUUGCCCUACGUAAAUAAUGUGCCUCAUUUGGGGAAUAUCAUUGGGUGUGUCCUCAGUGCAGACGUAUAUGCCAGGUACUUUAACCUUCAGGCGGCACGCCUCUAACCUUUAAGCCGGUUUACUUUGGAAAAAGAACCUUUCCACACUUUGGCCUCUGUUCUUCCAUGAAUUCGUCGAUUUGUAAUGUUCUAACUUUUGCAAGAACUUGCAAAUACCGAGAAGUUACAUCUGUUCAGUGCGGUUAUCUCUGGCUUGAUAGUUCUUAAUUUCAAUAUGCAUAUGAGAUCGGAUAUAGUUCUGAUGAGAUUUUCCUUGUCAUUCCUGGAUCAAAAUAGCUUUUACUGUGCACUAUUUCUUGCGUUCAUUGCUCUACAGGUUUUGCCGCCUUCGUCAGUACAACACACUUUACAUCUGUGGGACGGAUGAAUACGGCACAGCCACAGAAACCAAGGUAAUUAUACUGAACGUCAUUACUGAAAGGCAGGCAUGCAAAGAUGAAAACAUAGUCACAACAGUUAUACGCCAAUAUGCAAAUAAGGAAAAACCAUGUAAUGGAGAAAAGGUUUUAAUGGUUUUGUGGUCAUUUAGGCUUACAUUUUUAAUUUGUAAAAUUAUGCACGAACCCCACACUAAGCAUUCAGCGUGAUUAUCGGAACUCCUGAUAUUGUGAAGAUAACACUUAUUUUGUUGCUCCUUAUGCCAGGCGUUAGAGGAAGGUCUUACACCCCAACAAAUAUGUGACAAGUACUUCAAGAUUCACAAAGAAGUCUACGAAUGGUUUCAGAUCAAGUUUGACUUCUUUGGAAGGACAACUACUAAGCAACAGACUGAGUGAGUUUAAUUUUGGAUGCGACAUCUUUUUCCCUGGUUCUUGCUCUUAUCUCUUGCAUCCUGAAGACUACCUUUUGAGGUUUUGGAUGUGGUUUUUGCUUUUUUUCCCUGGUUCUUGCUCUUAUCUCUUGCAUCCUGAAGACUACCCUUUGAGGUUUUGGAUGUGGUUUUUGCUUUUUCGCUCUUGAGAGUCUUAUAUUUUUUUUUCCACAGACGUGUCACCUUCACUUUUAAAUUUCAAAGUUCAAUUUCUGAGGAAGAAAUCAGAUAUACUCUCGAUAUCCCUGCCAACUGAUUCCUGUCGAUCUAACACAAAAUUUUCCUUUUUCGAAACACAAUUUUAACCACUUAUUAAAGGAGAACUUGAAUAUGGAUUUUUACGCAAGCAGCAUAGUACGGCAUAUAAACUCAACAGCUUUGAAUUAUUGAAAAUAUUGCUGACGAUCAACGAGAUUCAUAUGCAGCUGGGCCGUAUCGCCAUACCGCGAAAUUCACUGUCUGAAUUAAGCGUUAUAGGUUAACUAGGUAAAUUAAUCAUGAUUGAUUAAAUCAACUAUGAAAUGCCAAAUGCAUUUAAUUGAAUAUACAACGUAUGGUACUGUCACAAAGGCUCUCCGAUCUACAUGGGAAAGGUGAUGAGAACAUGCUGCUUCUAAAGGGUUAGUUUUUAUCAAAUGUUUGAAAACGGUGAUCUUUUUUACUCCCAGAAUCGCCCAAGACAUUUUCUGGCGACUCCAAAAGCAAGAUCACCUAGUUGAGGACACUCUGGAACAACUUCAGUGCGUGGAAUGCAAAAGGUUUGACUUUCACUGAUCCUUAUGCGUAGGACUAAAUUCAACUAUUUAGAGACUUUUCAAGUUCGAUGUCGUAAUAUUUUACCUUUACAAACACGUAGAACUAAUAUGAACCCAACCGGAACCGAGUAUAGUCAAGAGAGACGAUGUACGCUAUAAUAGUAAGCAAGUCACUGUCGCUUUGGUAUUGGUUUUUAUUCAUCCAGUUCCGGUAAGAGACACAAGUCCUCGAGCACUGCAGAGAAACGAGCGUGAAUUUGGGCUAUGAUGACGCAUCUUUAUAACUUCAUUUUUCAAACAUUGCAGUCCGUUCUUCCUCCAGGUUUCUUGCUGACCGUUUUGUUGAGGGUACAUGUCCCUUCUGCAACUAUGAGGUAAGCCAUAUUAUUUUCAUGUUAACUAAGUCUAAAAGAAUUACACUGAGAUAUAUCUUCUUUUCAGCCCUUAUUCCUCCAACCUCCGAGUUUUAUAUUGAUUUGCUACAUACUACGUCUUGUGGUUAGCCCUGACGAAGUACAGGUACAUUGCAUGGUCUAGUAAUCGUGUUUACAUUUGCAGGGCGCUAGAGGAGAUCAGUGUGAUUCCUGUGGAAAGCUUAUUAACGCUAUCGAGCUUAAGGUAAAGGAGGUUUUAUUCUAUUGUGAAUGUACCGAAGACAAAAGGCCAGAAAAAAAUUUAUAUACCUCACUUUCGAGUCAUAAAUUGAUAUAUCUAGCGAGUUAUUUUCAAAAAUAACGUAUAAAACGUGAGAAUCUCUAGUUAAAUCUACGUGCAAAGUGACAUUUACAUCACGAAGAUACUGUUAGGCGUAUAACUACUCCGUUUUUAUCCUUAGUAGCAAGAAGUGUCUGAUUGAUCCAUGUUCAUCAUUGUAUUGUCUCCUUAAACACCACUAAGGUAAAUUUGCUUUCAGAAACCUCGAUGCAAGGUUUGUGGAGGAACAUCAAAAGUGAGAAGCAGCAAGCACCUGUUUUUGAAUUUGACCAAGGUAACUGUUCAACAAGAGUGUGCGAUAUCGUAAAAUGUGCCAAACUCCAACAAAGCAAUAAACUUAUCCAAUCUACCACAGAAACAAAAACUCAUUAAAUUCCAUUCCAUGCGAACACAACAAAAACUCUCUUGAAAUCUUCGCUCACGCGUCGUUGAUUUAACUCAAAAAGCUUGGGGCAAAUUACGAAGUGCGUCCGCAUACUCUCUUAUCUGCAGUCUCCCACCUCUAUGCAGGACGAGGCUACGUACAGACUGUCCACGAUCAAAAAAAAAUUUUCCAUAUAUAAUGUCACUGGUUCUAAAGUGCAUACUUUUAUGCCUUUCAGUUGGAAUCGUCCUUGAAGACCUGGAUCGACAAAUCUUCUUCUGAAGGUAACCUGAAGAGUUCUAUAUGACCUGCCUAAAAAGCAAUUCAAUUGCAUUCCACUUUGAAUUUUCCUAAAGCAUUCACAACUACAGUCUACAUCUGGUUAAUUCAAGUUAAACGCGAUAUUUUUUAUAUCAUUUUUCUUGUAAGGAACGUGGACACCAAAUUCUCGCCAGAUAACUCAGGGUUGGGUGAAGGAGGGCCUUAAGCCACGAUGCAUUACACGCGACUUGAAAUGGGGAACCCCAGUUCCUUUGGAAGGAUACACAGAUAAGGUCUUCUACGUGUGGUUUGAUGCACCAAUAGGGUGAGUCAAUAAGGUUUUUUGUUAUGAAGUGACAUUAAAUGGCAUUUGUUUUGUGGUGAAAAUUUUUAUGUACAACGGUUAAUUUCUAACGAUAAACUUCUGCUUGCGAUACUUUCCUCUUCUCUAAAGUGUGUGGCUAUGAUCGGCUCUAAAGGCAAUCUCAAGACUUUGCACUUUUUUGUUUCAGGUACCUUUCGAUCACAGCAAACUACACCAACGAGUGGGAGAAAUGGUGGAAAAACCCUCAACAAGUGAGUCAUAGGAAAAUACCAACUCAGUUGACAAGGCUGUAUCUCAGUAUUGCAUGUCAUUAUGACUGUUGCUAUAGCUACAUUGCGGCCGAAUAAAUUCUUGAAAUUAAACAAUGAUAAUCAAGAGUUGAUGUGCAUAAGCACAACUAUAAAUCUGAGCCCUAUUUGAAAUAUUCGGCCAUAGCAAUCCUAAAACUUUUUCAUUUCUUUCUUGAGGUUUAAUGAACGCUAUCGGUGAAGAGCAAAGCGACUCACAGGAAUCGAUGCUCUCGGUCAUCUUUAACUGUUUUCAUUCGUUUCUAAGGCUCGAACAAAGCCUCGACACUUUAAAGUUAUUAUCAUAAGGUUUUCGAAACUGCUUGAGCAGCCUUAGGUCAGGUUACGAUCUCAUUAAUGAUGAAAAUGGAAUUCUUUCAGGUCACUCUUCAUCAGUUCAUGGCAAAGGAUAAUGUCCCUUUCCACACUGUUGUGUUCCCGUGCACUCUCAUUGGUGCAGACGACAACUACAGUCUUUUGAAUUCCAUCAGCGCAACAGGUAAUAUAGAUUUCCACGUUCCCUUUACCUGUCGUUCUACUUGAAUUGAAAACUUUCUUUUUCACACCGUUGACUAAAAGUGAUUUGUUAUUCUGCAUACGUAAAGCCUAGGCCAGCUUUUUCGAAAGCGGCUGGCAUAACUGAGUUAAUUACAAACUUGGUUUGAAAUAUGUUUUAUUGAGGCAUUCAUGAGACACCUUUUUGUGGGAUUUAUAUCAUUGGUAUCUAAAAUUAAAAGGAAACAAGAAGAAAAAAAGGAAUUGACGGCAAGAGCUUCAAAAUCAAAUAUAACAUUUAAUAUCGAAAUGUUUUAUUUUUGAACAUUUUUAAAAAUGAGUUAAAUAUCAGAAAUGUACAGCCUGGAUUUUUUUUUAAGCUGAGUCCUGCAAAACUGUUCCAUAGAUUUUAUGACUGUCUUAAGAUAUGACAACAUGCCCGAAACGUAGCGAGAUUUAGGCUACUAGGCUGAAAUAAAAUAUCUCAUUAAGUUAUCUCCCUUUUCUUCCAAGAAUACCUCAAUUACGAAGAUGAUAAGUUCUCCAAGAGUCGUGGAGUGGGGGUGUUUGGUGACGAUGCAGCCGACACAGGCAUACCAGCAGAUGUGUGGAGAUUCUAUCUGGUUUUCGUCAGGCCCGAGAGCCAGGUGAGGCACUUCGUCUCUCUUUAGAACAAGAAACAUAGCCAUCCAUCAUUUUAAACUUAACCGUUUCUAACAUAGCCCAACAUUUUGAUCGUCGAAAAGCCGUUGGAACGUUCCUAAAGCAAUGGAAAAUCAACAACAUUGCGGUAGCAACUGUCUUAAACGCGAACUUUUGAGAGGCGUUUAGGUAUUGUUCCAGUUACGUUUCUCCGUCAUAGUUUCUGUCAUCAUUCUAAUAUACUCGUUUUUCUUUUCUAAACAGGAUAGUGCUUUCAGUUGGUCGGAUUUCGUUGCACGCAACAACACUGAAUUGCUCAACAACUUUGGCAACUUCAUCAACCGGUAUGUUUUCAUUGCUGUAGUUUUAAAAACUUUAUUGUUCCUUAGCUCAGCACUUAUUUUUGUUGGUGAUUCAAGUUUUUUUUAAAAGUAAAAAAAUAUUUUCCAUUUUUAGGAUCGUCUGUAACCAUAUGAAGAUAUUUAUAACACCAGAAGACAUGUCACGUGAUCGAUAAAUUCUUCCUUUUUUUCAGCGCCUUGAUGUUUGUCCAGAACAACUUUGAUGGUUCUAUACCAGCCAUGGAAUUGACAGACGAUGACAAGAAGUUCAUCGCACUUAUCAACAAAGAGUUGAAGACGUAUAUCGAUAAUCUUGAGAAAAUCAGGUAAUCUAUUUAGCUCUGAAGAAAUUUACUGAAGAUGAAUUUUUCAAUAAGCGGUUCAUUGUUUGAAAGCGUCCCUCUUAAGGUAACAUAUGUAUUGCAGUAAUGAACGUAGUACAUAGUUAUUGCCACAUUUGAGAUAAUCUUUUCCUUAGCUUUUUAACCCGGCUGCAGCGUAUUAUCUUCUCAAUUUUUGAAGUCUCUUACGCCAAGCGAUUCCUUGGUCGUUUAAACAUAUUUUAAAUAUUGCCACUAUCCUGGGAUGAAAAUGUCUCCGUGAGAAUAAACAAUCUCUUGUCUUACAAUGUCGCGAUUAUAUUUCAGGCUUCGAGAAGGUUUAAAAGACGUGCUGAACAUAUCUAAGCUUGGUAAUCAGUACAUACAGUCCAACCAACCUUGGGUUCUCGUCAAGGGCAACGAAUCAGAAAGGUACACGUGCUCAAUAUUAAAUAACAAAGAAUUCGCCUAAAAACCAAUGGUAAGGAAAAGUUUCCUUUUUAGUCUCGCACCAGAUUUAGGGCCUGGUACAUCGAAAUCCUUUCAGCUUUAAUCAUAGAUCAACUUUUGGUAUAUUUUAAAGCAAACGAAUACUCGAUACCUUUGUCCCCUAAACGAAUAGGUGUUCAGUCAGGUUUACGUUUCUUAGCUUUAACACGCUUAGUUGACCAGAAACAGGAAACCUUACAAAUAAUGGAUAAGGUUUUGAGUAACUCUAAGUAUUUCUCCUAACAAACGGGUUCUGACUGGGUUCAAACCGUUUUUUCGUGCCCAUGAGUAAAAAGGUUAACCUGUCAUAAUGAUUUAGAUAAUCUCACAGGAAAUUGUUUGUGCCUUUAAUAACGCAAGUCGUUGAUCUCUUUUUAUCAUUUAGAUCACGUGCAGGUACAGUCAUAGGGAUCACAGCCAACCUUUCCUGGCUGCUGUCUGUUCUCGUUCAUCCCUUCAUGCCCGGGGUCAGUGAAGAGAUUCAACGCCAGUUACAGGUAGGUCUUACAAACUCUUUCGGGUUGCCAAUUUACGUUAUCAACUCAGUUGAUAUUACUAAAUUACCCUUUUAUCGCUCUGACGAAUAGCUAACGCUCGAAACGUCAGCUUUGGAACUCUUUACGAUGACCAAAUUUACACUAUCCACUCAGUUGAUAAUACUGAAUCAUCCUGUUAUUCUCUCCCACCGAUGCACCACGGUCUCUUUAGAACACUUACCUCCUUUACAGGAAAGUCUGUUCGGCACGCGAUACAAUUUGGAAUUUAUCAAGAUUGUGUUGACUUUAAAAAACCGAUUGAAAUAUAAAUCUAAUAAAAAGGGCUCGACAUGUUGGUUAUUGCUCCGCUUAAAGUUAUACUGUCCGGCUUAAUCUGUUGUAUUCUUUGAAUGUUUUUGCAUUAUCAAUAAUGAUAUACCUGAGAAAAUGCAUAGCCAUCAUAUAAUCAUAUGAUCUUCCAAACCAUUAAGUUUCAAGAUGAAUCUCUCUACGAAACGGCAUUCGGUCAGAUUUGAAAAAAGAUUUAACUUAUGUAGAGACACUUUCUCUCUACUUAUUGCCUUUGGCGGGAAAAACUUAUAGGAUCGGCUAUUUCUUAUAUUUUUCAUUGUUUUUAUUCAAAGUGAGGUUGGUAGAGUUUCUCAACAAAGUCACGGAGUCAAUCAGACCGGAAAUUACACAUUAAGCCUGAGAACACAUUUAUUGCAGGGCUAAAGUAGCAGCUCCCAAUCCUCGCUCGCAGCCCUUGAAGCGUCCUGGUACCCCUGUUACGUAAAGGUCAUUAAAAAGGACAAGUGUGGGUGGUUAAAGAGUUUUGUAAGAAUUGUUUGCCUCUCUUUUAAUUGAAAAGACUUCAAACACAAGUCUUCCUUUGUUUGAUAGGUCACCGACGAAGGCAAUGUGGUGUUGGACAACUUUAUUCCUUAUCUGGAGACUGGUCACAAGAUUGGAACGGUAAGAGCGAGUAAAUAAGAGAGAUAGGAGGAGAUGCAAAAGAAAAUACUUCCUUGCAAGGUUGUAUCUGCCGCUACCUUUCACUUGAAGGGCCUGAUAACAACAGACCGACGGGACUUUUCAGAUAGCAGAGGAAAUAAGUGUUCAUUAUCUUAACCCUUUAACUCCCAUGAGUGACCAAGACAGAAUUUCUCCUUGCAAUAUCAAUACAAUAUCAAGCAGACAUGUGAUGAGAAUAAAGAAAAAUAUCAAUUUGGGUAAAAUUAGUUGAUCCAAUACUACAUUCUCUGAACUAACACUAUAAGAAGUAUAUGGUUGACAGUAAGGAGAAUUACAAAUUUGGUCUGAGAGUUUAAGGGUUAAAAACUUGUUAAGAAGCGAGAAGUAGAGACGAGGCUGAACUUACAGGCCAAGCUGCGGACCGAAAGAGAGCAGCUCUUUCCAUGCAUACCCUUGUUUAGUUUCCUCUUCAUCACCGUUAUCAUUGUCAUCGUAUCGCUUAAUGUAUCAUCACCAUAACUCACUAUUACUAUAAUCAGUUUUGAUGUCAUUUGUAUGCAACUCAUCAAUACUCUUUACACUUUCACGUAAUUUUCGACCAAUCAAAAGUAAAUCCUUUAAUCCAAUAGAAAGACUGGUAAUUGAACGUUCUAUAAAUUAGUUAUUGGCUUGUGGGUCGAGGACCAGAACUAAGAAAAACUUUAACCUAAAAUAUCUUCAUCCGUUGAGGCUUUCUACUUUUAAAAAGUAACACCGUUGCUGCAACAUUUACCAAGAAAAGACUUGUAAGUUAAUUUUGUCUAUUCUUUUAGCCCAAACCACUCUUCCACAAGAUCGAUGCCUCCGUCGCGGAUCAGUUCCGCGCAAAAUACGGUGGGAACAAACAGAAGCAACCAGCUUCACACAACAAACCAAAAGACGCUACUAAGGGAAAAGAGGAGGGGAAAAAGUAGACACCCGCUAACCGCCGAGUGGAUUGUUCGUGCCUUGGAUGCACGCAUCUCCCAAGCUUUCCCAGUUCCUCGUUUGAAUGAAUUACGAAAACUUUUUUGCUAUUUUACAUUGCAAAAUAAAUAGAAGUAAGCACAGAAUUUAACAGAACCUGAACUUAGCAGAAAUCAGAGUAAUAUACUGUCUAGUAUAAAGCAUUUUCGAGCAACAUUUUUUCUUCGUUUGUGAUUUCAAAUAUAUUUUCCAUUUUACUUUUAGUCUUUUAAAUGUUAUCGUGAAAUUGUUUAGCUCCUCAUUUGAAGAAGAAGAGUUAAAAAGGUAGCCUAGCCAAAGCAUUCAAUGGUACCACUGACCCAAUACUGCUCAGUAUUUCAAAAGCUCGGAUAUGAUAAAGGGUUCUCACUUAAUCUCUUAUCAACGUCAGAUUACCAGGCGUCUAAUGUCCAAUCAGUAUCAUUGAACUCAAUUUUGUCAACCUGCC